UUACCAAGCAACCUAUAGCUCCGCCCUUCCAGGCAUUAUGCGUGUAGAGAGAGAGAAGAAAAAAAAUCGAUUGGCUCUGCGGCUCGGCUACUCUGGCCUUGUGAUCUGUGUUUCCCUGCUCAUCCCUCCCCGCGUUCCCCGGGCGCCUGGCAACCGAGCGGCGCAGAGCGUGGCAGGGAGACACCGGGAGCUGGCUGCCGGGAGCAGGGUAGGAGCCGGUUAUGGGCGCGGUUUUGUACGUGCUAAAUUCAUUCAACAGUGGUGAACUACAAACAAGCAAGAUGUUAGAAGAGGAUAUGGAGGUGGCCAUUAAGGUGGUGGUGGUGGGGAACGGCGCUGUUGGGAAAUCGAGUAUGAUUCAGAGGUACUGCAAGGGAAUUUUUACAAAGGAUUAUAAGAAAACUAUUGGCGUGGACUUCCUGGAAAGGCAAAUUCAGAUGAAUGAGGAAGAUGUGCGCCUUAUGUUAUGGGACACAGCUGGACAGGAGGAGUUUGAUGCAAUAACCAAAGCAUAUUACAGAGGUGCCCAAGCUUGUGUGCUGGUAUUUUCUACAACGGAUAGGGAAUCAUUUGAAGCGGUACCCAGCUGGAGGGAGAAAGUGAUGGCGGAGGUUGGAGACAUUCCCACUGUUCUUGUCCAAAACAAAAUAGACUUGCUGGAUGACACUGUUAUUAAGAAUGAAGAAGCAGAGGCUCUAGCAAAAAGGUUAAAACUGCGAUUUUACAGAACAUCAGUUAAAGAAGAUCUAAAUGUUACUGAAGUUUUUAAAUAUUUGGCUGAUAAAUAUUUACAAAGGCUCAAACAACAAAAUGCUGAAGACUCAGAGGUUGUGCACACUAGUAGCAACAAAAUUGGGGUAUUUAACACUGCAGGCGGUAGUCACUCUGGUCAGAAAUCGAAUGCCAUCAAUGGAGCGGAUGUAAUCAAUCUAAGGCCAAAUAAACAGAGGACCAAGAAAAGCAAAAGUCCUUUUAGCAGUUGCACGUUACUGUAAGACUGUACUUAAGAGGAGAAAAGGUGAACUCUGAGGGGACUACAGUGCAAUUGACAGGAGGAAUACAGCCAAUUCCAGAGACAACCGUCAAUCUUGCCUGAAUUUUCUUACCGGCAAGAGAAUACAGUGCGGAUUACCUCUAAAGAAACAAUGUUGGCCAAUGAUAUUGCAUGUUUUGGUGUACCAACUGAACAAAUGCUGCCUGCAUACAGUUUUAAGAAACCUCCACAUUUGUAGUAUUUACUGGAGAAUAUAUAUUUAACUUAACUAAUUGUAUGGAUGCUUUUUUGCAGCAUCUGUUGGAUACCAGGUAACACACUACAUGGUACUUGUGCAAUAUUCAUUCAUUGCCUGUUGUCUGUAAGAAGGUGCAUUAGACUCUUUAUAAAGGACAUUUAUAUCCCCAUAAAAUGACAUGUAUGGAAAAUAGUCUAUUCAAUUUUACAUAGAAAUACUAAUGUGUUUUAAAGAUGAUCAGAUAUAUCUAUGUUUUGGGACCUUACAUGUUAAUGUGCAUCGUGCCAAACUGCUUUGUCACUGAGCUGCUAAUAUGUGCUUAAAAAGUUUUUCUAUGAGUUUUUAAGAAGUUCAUAUUGACUGUUUUUUGCUAUCCAGCACAAUGUAGGGCACCAAGAGCCUGGAUACCUUUUUAGAGUUGGUCUUUUAGCCACAUGUAAGCCUCCUAGUGUCUAUUGAGUGGCCUCUUAGUAGACAAAAACAUUUCCAAUUUGUAUAUUUUACAAAUGUAUUACUUUAUACACCAAGGAUAUAGGGAGUGCGGAGAGAGUUAUGGAGGUUAUAAUAAUUCCUGUAUAUGUCAUAGUUUUCAUUUUUGAAGUUCCUAUUCCUUAUAUUAAAGAGGUACUCCACCCCUAGACAUCUUAUCCCCUAUCCAAAGGAUAGGGGAUAAGAGGUCUGAUCGCAGGGGUCCCGCCUCUGGGGACCCCUGCAAUAUAGCCCGCAGCACCCACCUGUUACUGCUCCGGAAGCGCUGGAGGGUCUGGCUCCCGACCACGAGGACGGAAGAUUGUGACAUCACGACUCCGCCCCCUCAAUGCAAGAUGUUUAGGGGUGGAGUACCCCUUUAAACCUUGUAAAAUAUUUUAAUCCAGUAUGAUCCAGAUAAUCACAUAUUCCAGAUAACUGGACAGAAGUAUAAAAGAAAGCGAAUCCUAACCUAAAGGAAUUGGUUAUCAUGGCUUUGUCUUCCACACUGGGGUACAAGUCUCCAACAGCUCUGAUAAAAAUCAAGGCCUGAGACAAAUACUGGUGUCCUUUGCCUACAGCAACCAAUCCCAGCUAAGCUUUCAUAUCCUAAAAUGCUCCAUUACAAUGAACGCUGAGCUGUGAUUGGUUGAUAUGGCCAAUGAUAUUUGGGCCCAAAUGCCAGACUAUGGGAAUACCCAGAAUAUUCUCUGCUGGAUUUCAGGAGUCUUAUAAGUGGAUAUUCCUGUUAAAGAUGAGCAAACUUUGGCCGGAUUUCACUCUUCUCACUUGCCUUUUACGCCUAUUGUUUUGUUAAUACUUUCUGUGCCUUCAUGUGUAGUGUUUGUUUUCAGAUUUCUUUUUUUGCCAAGGACUGUGUAUGCUUAUUACUAUAUAGGUCAUAAAACACAAUGUAGAUUAUGCACUUUCAAUGAAAUAAUCCUCAGUAUUUUAUUUCAGUCUACAAACUAUGACUCCCACCAUGCUAUUGUAGCCAUGAUGGGAGUUGUGGUUUUACGGCAGCCCCAGAGACAUCAAUUCGAGACCACUUAUGUGAAUGGAAACCAGUAAGCAAAGGGAAAUCCAUAAUGGUUAUUACACUUGUGCUUUGUUUUGUUUUCUUGUGUUGUUUUUUGUUUUGUUUUGUUAACUAAAAAAGGAAAUGUAAAAGCAAUGGGAAAAUGACAGAAUAAAUCCCAGUGAUUCCUCCCCUAAUCUUCUCCUCUCAUUUGUUCCUGUUCUGUGUCAUAGUAGUUCCCAUACCUCAUACUCUCAAACCUUAGCCAAGGCUGCAGAAGGAGCCCCCCACGCUGCUGUGCACACUAAGACCUGACAAACCCAGCAUGAAGCCAAGAAUGAAGCCAGCAUGAAAUGAACCAGGGGUUCUCUAUUGUUUGUUUUAGGACCUGCAGAUGGGCAAACACUAUGGACACAUUUAUCUCUUACCGUAUAUACUCAUGUAUAAGCUGUGUUUUUCAGCAUGACAGGGUGAAGAAAAUGGGGGUGAUGAUGACGGGCAGUGAUGACGGGGGUGUUAAUGACAGGGGUCUGGAUGAUGACAUGGGGGGGGGGGAUGAUGUAUUUCCCACCCUAGGCUUAUAGUCGAGUCAAUAAUAAUUUUCCUGGGUUUUUGGGGUGAAAUUAGGGGCCUCGGCUUAUAUUUGGGUCGGCUUGUACUAGAAUAUAUACGGUACUUCCUUUUGUAGGUUUAAUGUUCCCUUAUUGUUAACACUCAAAGAUUAUCCAUGUUAAGAGGGAAGGUCUAUAAGUAGAGUCUGAACAAUCCCCAGAAUAUGUAUUUUUAUACCAAAGUACACACUUCUUAGCCUUUACAUGCAGCCUCAGUUCCAUGUUACACAAUAUAAUUUAGAGGUUGUGUAUGAAUAUUACUUUUUUUAUAUAUAUAUUUUACAGCGGUGUUAGUUAAAAUGUUCUACUUACAAACACUUGACAAUGGUUAAUCUUUAGACAAACCUAAACUCAGGAGCACUUUAAUUAAAGGCAACCUUUCCAAACCAUGUGGGUACAGUAUGUGCAAAUAUUAUAUGAACUAGCUGGUGCAGUAAAGGACACAGGGUCACUGCUAUACACACUACAAAUAUUCCAUACAUUUCAUUUCUGCUUGGAUUGUUAUAGUUUACUAGAAUGGUUUGGAUGAGAAUCCUUAAUUACUUGUCUGUGUUCUGGAAUAUUUGGUUAUUAUCUUGUGUAAAUAAACCACUUUGACAGAU